AAGACAAUGGCUCGUAUGUCCAACCUUCCUCUGUUCCUGCUGCUCCUCUGGGGUGUGGGGUCUCAAGGCUUCCCAGUGACUUUGGAAACACAAGAGCAAGAUAUGGAGACAGUCCAGAAAUACUUGGAAAACUACUACAACUUGAACAAUGAUGGCGACCAAAUUGAAAGGCAAAGAAAGAAUGGUCUACCGGUUGAAAAACUGAAGCAAAUGCAGGAAUUCUUUGGGCUAAAGGUGACUGGAAAGCCAGAUGCUGAAACUCUAAAGGUGAUGAAGCAGCCCAGAUGUGGGGUGCCUGAUGUGGCUCGGUUUGUCCUCACAGAGGGACAUCCUCGGUGGGAGACAACACACCUGACCUACAGAAUUGAAAAUUAUACUCCAGAUUUGCCUCGUUCAGAAGUGGACAAUGCAAUUCAAAAAGCCUUUCAACUCUGGAGUAAUGUCUCACCCCUGAAGUUCACCAAAGUCUUUGAGGGUCAAGCAGAUAUAAUGAUAUCCUUUGUCCGGGGAGAUCAUCGUGACAAUUCUCCAUUUGAUGGACCUGGAGGAAACCUCGCUCAUGCUUUUCAACCAGGCCCUCAUAUUGGAGGGGAUGCUCAUUUUGAUGAAGAUGAAACAUGGACCAACAACUUUAGAGAUUACAACUUGUAUCGUGUUGCGGCUCAUGAAUUGGGCCAUUCCCUUGGACUCUCUCAUUCUACUGAUAUUGGGGCUUUAAUGUACCCCAACUACAUCUUCAGCGGUGAUGUGCAGCUCUCCCAGGAUGAUAUCAAUGGCAUCCAGACCAUCUAUGGAGCUUCCUCAAAUCCACAGCAGCCAAUAGGCCCCCAAACCCCACAAGUAUGUGACAGUAAGCUUACAUUUGAUGCUGUAACUACAAUUCGAGGAGAAGUGAUGUUUUUCAAAGACAGAUUCUACAUGCGUGUAAAUUCUUUCUAUCCAGAAGUUGAACUCAAUUUCAUAUCUGUUUUCUGGCCCCGUCUACCAAAUGAACUCCAAGCUGCUUAUGAAGUUGUCGAUAGAGAUGAAAUUCGGUUUUUCAAAGGUAGUAAGUACUGGGCAGUUCAGGGGCAGAACAUGUUACGUGGAUACCCCAAGGACAUCCACGCAUCCUUUGGCUUCCCUAAAACUGUGAAGAAUAUCGAUGCUGCUGUUUCUGAAGAGUCUGGAAAAACAUAUUUCUUUGUUGCUAACAAGUGCUGGAGGUAUGAUGAAUAUAAACGAUCCAUGGAUGCAGGUUAUCCCAAAAUGAUAGCUCAGGAAUUUCCUGGAAUUGGCAACAAAGUUGAUGCUGUUUUCAAUAAAGAUGGAUUUUUCUAUUUCUUUCAUGGAACAAGGCAAUACAAAUUUGAUCCUAAAACGAAGCGAAUUUUGACACUUCUGAAAGCUAAUAGCUGGUUCAACUGCAGAAAGAAUUGA